AAGUGUCUGGCCAUUGGGUAGUUGGUAUUUCCUGUGCGAAUAGCAUAUUUAUGUCCUGAUACUGAUACCAUACUGAUGUCCUCUCCAAAAUAUAUAUUUGAGAUAGGGACAAAACACAUUAAUGAACAUAUACAUGAUAUGUAAAUAUGUUAUCAGAUUGUAGCCCAGGGCUAAUUUCCAUCUGGUGUCCCUUGACAGGUUGAUGUACUUAUAAAACAAUUACACACAGUAAGAACAACACACCCAGAUAGACAAUACAAUAAUACAGACAGAAUGACAUAAAGAGAUGGUCAGUCUCAUGAUCACAGACUCAGGUCAACUAAAGGGAGGCCCCAGACUGGAUUAUUUGAUAAGUGUGUUUAGUUAAGGUGCCAGUGUAUAAGUCCUGCUGUAAGGGCUGCCAGACAAUGACCUUUGUUGCUCAUUCCAAAGCCUGUGUACUGUAAUUGACCAAAAAAUAUUUUUUCCUAUUGUAAAAGCAUUACCGGACAGUUGAUGGGCAUUGGCUAACACAUUUGGCUUGUCAUAAUUAUUAUGUUCUAUUGUUUCUCUAUCAAGUUGAAAGUGUCACCCUCACAGUUUUAUGACUAUUUUUGUAAUGGUAUCAUGUUUCUUCAGGCAUGGAAGACGGUUUGCCCAUUUCACCCAAGAGGGAAUAGAAAUGGUGAAUGGGCUUUCUUACCUGUCUUCAGAGUGGAGAGGAAAAGAAAGCCUAUUGAAGAGACAAAUCAGGACCUUUGGACAAUUGCAGACCACUGCUAUGCCAAAAAAACUAAGUUGAAAAGUGAAUCUGAGGAAAAUCCUGAGCUGCUGGAGGAAGCGGUAAAAGAAGCACAGCGGGUGCGGCAACUUCAGUGUGCUGAGCUGAUCAACUGCAUGAAGGGCAGCACUUCAAUAAGGAAACACCUUGAGGCUAUCAUAACUGGGGAUCUUGUCUCAGCAUGGGAACACAGGAAGGAGAGGCCAACCCUUUACUUUGAGGAUGAUCAACUUGAUGAGGCUGUCUCAUUUUUGUUUGGGAUCAUCAGGGAGACAUCAAGAACAAGACGGCUAGAAGACUGGGUUGACUUCACCAUCAAUGUGCUCUUACCGGAAGUGACAGUUCACACCCUGGCUAUAAAAUAUGACAUGCCAAUGCAAGAGGCUAUUGUCAGAUACAAAAAAGGGAUACAGUAUGAACCAUGUGAAUUGAAAAGCGUUAGUGAAGAACUUACCUGAGGACGCAGCAGUGAAGCUCAGAGCUUUCAAAAAGAGAAUGGAAAGAGCCCUUUCCCUCAGAGGAGAGGGCUGGCUCUAAUACAGUUGUGUGAAAAAGUAUUCCGGAUUUCUUAUUCUUUUGCAUGUUUGUACGGUAAUGGGACAUGUAUCUUCCCAAAAUUUUAACUUUUGUCUCUUUUGUCCACAGAAUAUUCUCCCAAAAUGUCUUGGAGAUCAUCUAGAUGUUUUUUGGAAAAACUGACUUGACUUUUUAUGUUCUUUAUGCUCAGUAGUGGUUUUCGCCUUGGAACUCUGAC